AACAUGUUAGAAGGAAAAGCUUUGGUGGAUGACUCAGAUAUGCCAUUGAAGAUGCAGAUUCAAGCAAUGUCUUUUGCUUCUCAAGCCCUUGAUCUUUAUGAUGUCUUUGACUGCACUUCUAUUGCUGGUUUUAUCAAAAAGGAGUUUGAUGGGAAAUAUGGGAGUGGAUGGCAAUGUGUGGUGGGUUCAAAUUUUGGGUGUUUUUUCACUCAUUCCAAAGGGACUUUCAUUUACUUUACAAUGGAGAGACUCAAGUUUCUUAUCUUCAAAGGGGUAUCAGCUUCAUCUUCAACCUCUCCUUAAUGUGUCUUGUAUCUAAAUUUGCAAGCUUCAUUCUUUACUUUUUAGCUUGACUGAUACUAUAAAAAUAAGUUGGUUUUUGUUUUAUUCGAUCAAGGAAGGUUGAUUAAUUCGAUAUUUGUAAUCCAAGUGAAGCAAAUGGAGUGGUUGCUUGCUGUGGAAAAGCAUACCAGUUCUGGGUGUUUUAACCCCAAAUUGGAUCAUUUGGAACUGCAUCGCUGUAAAAUUGAUUGUGGAAAUGUUUCUCUUCUU